AUGACCCCUGAACAACAAGGUCGAAUGAUAGAAGUCCUGGGAAAAUACGAGGACGUUUUUGCACGAGAACCCAAUCAGCUAAGAAGGAUGUCAGUCGUCCAACAUGAAAUACAAACAGAGGAAAGUCCUCUGGUAAAACAAAGGUUCUACCCUACCUCGAAGUUGGAGCAUGAGUUCAUAGGCCAAGAAAUUAAGCGCAUGGAAGAAGCUGGAUUAAUUCGUCCAUUGUGUAGCCUGUGGGUGUCUUCCGUCAUGCUGGUGAAGAAGAAAAAUGGAAAAAUAAGAAUGUGCAUAGACUUUCGGAAGCUUAACCAACAGACGAAAC